ACACGCCAGCCAGGCCGGCAGAGCUGCAGGCACCAUGAAGGACGAGGUGGCUCUUCUGGCCACUGUCACCCUCCUGGGAGUCCUGCUGCAAGCCUACUUCUCCCUGCAGGUGAUCUCGGCGCGGAGGGUCUUCCGCGUGUCGCCGCCGCUCACCACCGGCCCGCCCGAGUUCGAGCGUGUCUACCGAGCCCAAGUGAACUGCAGCGAGUACUUCCCGCUGUUCCUCGCCACGCUCUGGGUCGCCGGCAUCUUCUUUCACGAAGGUGCGGCGGCCCUCUGCGGCCUGGUCUACCUGUUCGCACGCCUCCGCUACUUUCAGGGCUACGCGCGCUCGGCUCAGCAACGGCUGGCCCCGCUGUACGCGAGCGCGCGCGCGCUCUGGCUGCUGGUGGUGCUGGCGGCGCUCGGCCUGCUCGCCCACUUCAUCCCGGCCGCGCUGCGCGCCGCGCUCCUCGGACGGCUCCGGAUGCUGCUGCCCAGGGCCUGAGACGGAGGACGCCGGGUCGGCGGAGCUACAGAAGAGCCCGGGCCUCCUGGAGGGCGGGGUAUGGUUGCUCACCCCCGCUUUGAAGUCUCGAAUUAAAGUGCCUGUGACCGGACCCCGAACGCGUUCUCUGGGUCGGAGGGGCCCGGCCCGGGGUCGCAGCGGCCAGGUGGGCUUCCCGGGGGCAGCAGGGGCGCGGCCGCGGAAGGAAGGGGGCCUUUCCCCGGGACCGGGGCUCGAUGCAGUUCUCUCCUGCCUGCUCCCAGCCCCUGGAGCCACACACCGGGCCCGCGGGUGCCCUUUCCUGCCGGGGUCAGAACUCUUCGGAGGCCUGCUCUCCACUGACCGUUAGCCGCCCUUGUCCCCUGGCCUUCACACCCGACACCAGGGACUUUUUUACCUUGUCAGCGCUUGGUCCCUGUCAUCCACAACAGUAUAAGUGUUCAGGCACCCCGCCCUUCGUGAAGCCAUGGGGACCACGACGAAGAUGGUCAGUGUAGUCGUGUUAGGCUUUCUCAAGAAAACGCCCAAGUGCCUUGGGGGACCAGACCAUGGGAAGGUGGCCAACAGUGUCCCUAAAGAGGUGACUUUUAGCCGAGCUGGCAGAGGAGAGGAGCUUUCCAAGCAGGGCAACAGCAUGUACAAAG